UCCUUACCUGUGAUCCUUAUUCUUACUUUGUCCAACCGAGACCGCAUCGGGAUCAUAUUAUAAUUUCCACAAUGAAAAUAUAUUCUAGAAAUAAUUUGAUUAACAUAUUUGAUUGGUCUUGAAAUGUCAAGAACAUCCUUGCUGUUUUUGUGACUAAAUGUUAAAAGAGACAGAAUGUCACAAAAUGACAUAAACAUGUGCGCUCUUGCGUGAAAUAUCGAACAAUCCCAUUGUUAAAUCAAAUUGAUGAGCGAGUCUUCGCUCACUCGAAGAAAGCAAGGAUUCCGUCUGGAACAUUAUGAAGUCAAAAAUCUUGCUUGCUCUUGUCAAUCUUAUCACAUUCUUUUUAAUGGCAGCGGGUACGAGAAUGACUGCUAGACAGCGAACGCAAAGUAACAACCACAGCAACAUUAGCGAUCUGCUGGACAAUCUACUUCGCGGCUACGACAAUAGUAUCAGGCCAGACUUUGGCGGGCCUCCGGCUACCGUUGAGGUCGAUAUCAUGGUACGCAGCAUGGGUCCCAUUUCCGAAGUGGAUAUGACGUAUUCAAUGGACUGUUACUUUCGGCAAUCAUGGGUCGACAGACGUUUAGCCUUUCAGGGUGGUAAGGAAACACUCGCGUUGAGCAUAUCCAUGUUGGCGAGGAUCUGGAAACCCGACACAUACUUCUACAACGGCAAGCACAGUUACUUGCAUACGAUCACCAGCCCGAAUAAAUUUGUCAGGCUUUACCAAGAUGGCAGAGUACUUUACAGUUCAAGACUUACCAUUAAAGCGGGAUGUCCGAUGAAUCUCGAAGAUUUUCCCAUGGAUAUGCAGAGAUGUCCGUUGCAAUUCGGUAGCUUUGGCUACACGACACGCGACAUAAUCUACAAGUGGAACAGCGCGAGACAGGUCGCUAUAGCGGAGGAUAUGAAAUUGUCGCAAUUUGAUCUGGUCGCCAAUCCGACCGCAAAUCACUCCAUUGCACCGGGAUUCUCGCAUGCGGACUAUUCGAUGCUUCUGGUAUACUUCCACUUACAAAGGCACAUGGGUAAUUUUCUAAUACAAGUAUACGGUCCUUGCGUCCUGCUGGUCGUCCUGUCUUGGGUGUCCUUCUGGUUAAACAGAGAAGCCACUGCCGAUCGAGUGUCGUUGGGUAUAACUACCGUGUUGACAAUGACGUUCUUAGGACUUGAAGCAAGAACCGAUCUGCCAAAGGUACCUUAUCCAACUGCCUUGGAUUUCUUCGUCUUUCUUUCAUUUGCAUUCAUCUUUGCUACUAUAAUACAGUUCGCGGUCGUGCACUACUUCACCAAAUAUGGAUCGGGCGAAUGUUAUUUCAGUUCUGAUCUAAGCGACACUGAAAGUUCGAGCGGAGAAGAAGACAUAGAUGGAAAAGCAUGUCGAAAAAAUUCCGGAGCACGAGGACGCAAUCAUGGCAACUUUAUAAAUGGCGAUAGCAUGAUAGAAGUGAUACCAUUAUCAGCGAUUUCGAUACAUCCCGAUAAAGAUUCCACGGUGGCUAGUCAUUGGCAAAUAUCUUGCGUCACCUGUAGUCCACCAUCGCGACAGACAACGGCGAUAACGGCGAAAACGACAACGAAAUCGCCGCUACCGCCGCCUCCGUUAUCUUCCAGACAAACGACAUUGUCCACCUCUAGAAGACGACGCCGAAGGACGCCCAGAUAUAACUCGGUAUCGAAGAUCGACCGUGCCAGUCGCGUAGUGUUUCCCCUCUUUUUUCUAGCCAUCAAUGUCUUCUACUGGUAUGCAUAUCUCUCGCGCAGCGAACGAAUCCACUAUUACAAUUCCAAUACCGCGUAA